AUGGCGACGAGCAAAGGAGCGGCGUCGACUGAGGUCCAGAUACCAGAAUGGGAACACAUCGCAGCGGCGGAUGGCGAGAAACAGGACAUCCAUUCACCGCGGCGUUCGGCGCGAGCGGUAGCAACGRCCAAGCUGGAUACUGUAUUGCCGCCUCACCGGAAAUAUAUGCACCUGAGCCGGAGGAACUUCCUGAUAGCACUAACGGCGGCAGUUCUUGCUUUGCUUGCGCUCAUCGUGGGUUUGGCGGUCGGUCUGAGCGGCAAUGGAAGCUCGUCGAAAAACCUCCCACUACCUACCAACUCCGAGGCGCAUACCGGCGAGCUGACCUACUUCGCAACUGGUCUCGGUGCGUGCGGAGAGACGAACAAGAACGGAGACAAUAUCGUCUCGGUGUCGCACUUGCUGUUCGAUGCAGCCGGCUCGUCGAGCAGCAAAGGGGGAAACAGCAACUCAAAUCCCUUGUGCGGCCGGAUUAUCCGCGCGAAACGAUACAACGAAGAAGCCGGGGCGGAGCGGAGUGUAGACUUGCGAGUCGUUGAUCGAUGUACCGGAUGUGCACCGACCGAUCUCGACAUCACCGAGGACACGUUUGCGAAACUGGCCCCUAUUGCCAGUGGGAGGGUGCAGGUUACCUGGGCCUGGUUGUAG